AUAAAAGGCACUGAAUGCUCCUGGCUGAAUCACACUUUUCUGUCGCCUAACGUGAAGGGAAGGAACGCCCUGAUCAUGAGGACUCUGGUGGUCGUUGCUUCUGUCCUCUGCGUCACCGUCUCCACCGUCUUCGCUGGUGGUUUGGGCGGUGGACUCGGUGGCGGCAUUGGCCUUGGCCACGGUGGAGGUAUCGGAUACGGCGGUGGUCUCGGAUACGGCGGAGGGCUUGGUGGUGUCGGAAUAGGACACGGAGGAAUCGGAGGCCUUGGUGGUGGUGUCGGUAUCGGACACGGAGGCCUCGGCGGUCUCGGAGGUGGAUUGGGUGGCGGCUACGGUGGUGGCUAUGGUGGCGCCUACGGUGGCUCUUACGCUGGUUCCUACGCUGGAACCUACGGCGGAGUCCACGGUGGCAAAUUCGGUGGACAUGGCCUUUUGGGUUGAGUUAUACCAUCACUGCGGAAACAACUCAAGAAAAUGCAAGACAAACUGUACAUAACGGAUAUUUAAAUUUGAAUAAAUACCUUCAAUCUGCUCUAA